AUGGUAGAUAGAAGUCAUGCAGAGAAGUUACGGGUAAGGUUGGGGUUUGAGGGGUGCUUUAGUGUGGAUAGUGACGGGCAGAGGGGCGGCAUGUGUUUUCUUUGGCAGAAGAAUAAUUGUGCUAGUUUGAUAAAGUAUUCGGACAUCCAUAUUGACUUGCUGAUUUCAUUGCCAGAUAGGGAUCAGUGGAGAUUAACCUGCUAUUAUGGGUAUCCACAGAGGAGUAGGAGGCGGGCUGCAUGGGAUUUCUUAAGGUCUCUCAGGGGGGUAUCUACUUUGCCUUGGGUGGUUUUAGGGGAUUUCAACGACUUGUUGAUGCAGUCUGAGAAGAGGGGGAGGCUACCGCAUCCUGCUAGUUUGAUUGAGGGUUUUGGGGAAGCGUUGGAUGAUUGUGGUUUGGUGACGCUCCCUAUGGCUGGUUAUCCUUACACGUGGGAGAGGGGGAAAGGGACAGAUAGAUGGGUGGAGGAGCGACUGGAUAGAGUGGUGGCAAAUAUGGAUUGGUUGGAUGUGUAUGACAGGGCUAGAUUGUUUAAUAUCCGUACUGAUGCGUCUGAUCAUACUGCACUCUUUCUUGACAUUUAUGGUGUGGCACAAGGACCAAGGCAGCGGGGUUUCCGGUUUGAGAAUGCGUGGCUGUUAGAUGAUGGGUGUAGGGAGGUGGUGGAGAAGGAGUGGUCUGGAACACCUGGUGUGGCUUUGCAAGCAAGGCUAGAAUCUUGUGGGCGGGGCCUCAGAAGGUGGGGUGGUGAUCGGCAUCACAAGUAUGGGAAGCGGAUUGACAGUAUUCGGAAGGAGUUAAAUGGGUUACGGGGCUGUUUUGAUCCCGCGUCUCUAGCCCGGUUUAGGCUGCUUGAUGGCCAGUUAAACCAACUUUUAUCACAGGAGGAGGUUUUCUGGAGACAGCGUGCUAAGCAGCACUGGUUGCGGGGAGCGGACCGAAAUACUAAGUUUUUCCAUACUUAUGCGUCAUACCGUAAGAAGAAGAACGUAAUUGUGAAGUUGAAAGAUGAUAAUGGUGUCUGGAGGGAGGGUAGUGCGCUGAGCACGGUGGUUGUUGAUUAUUACAAGCAGAUCUUUGCCACUGGUGGAAAUCCUGGGGAUUUCAAAGUGGAUUCUAUGCAACCACGAGUGACUAGGGCGCAAAACGAGGAUCUCCUGCGUCCGUUUGAGCCGGAGGAGGUACGAUGUGCACUAUUUUCUAUGGGCAAGGACAAAUCACCCGGUCCGGAUGGCAUGAAUCCGGGCUUCUACCAGGCGUUCUGGGAUGUAACUGGUAAGGAUGUUACUGAUUUUGUUAUUAAUUGCCUUACGCAGUCUACUUUUCCUCCUAAUUUGAAUGAUGCGAAUAUAGUUUUGAUCCCCAAGAAAUGUACCCCUGAGUUUGUUUCUGAUCUGAGGCCGAUUGCAUUAUGUAAUGUGCUGUAUAAGAUAAUGGCUAAAAUGCUGGCGAAUCGAAUGAAACCCCUGCUUGAGGGUGUUGUCUCAGUAUCGCAGAGUGCCUUUUUGCCUGGCCGUUUAAUCUCAGAUAAUAUUCUUAUUGCGUCUGAGGUUGGCCACUAUUUGAGAAGGAAGCAGUUAGGGCAGGUUGGUUGGGCGGCCUUGAAGCUUGAUAUGGCUAAGGCUUAUGACAGGAUGGAGUGGCCGUUUAUACAGCAGAUGAUGUUGGGGUUGGGGUUUGAUGAAAGAUGGGUUAGACUUGUGAUGUUGUGUGUUGAGACUGUGCGAUAUAGGGUCAUGGUGAAUGGCGUCCCUACAGAAGAGAUAGUCCCAACUCGGGGGUUAAGACAGGGUGAUCCCUUAUCGCCCUAUUUAUUCAUCUUAUGUGCUGAGGGUCUGUCGUUGUUGUUGCAGGAUUCUCAGUCUAAAGGGCUUAUUCAUGGUUGCAGGGUAGCUCGGGGAGCACCUCCUAUCUCUCACCUGUUUUUUGCAGAUGACAGUUUGCUUUUCUUUAAAGCUAAUUUGCAGGAGACAUUGGAGGUUAAGAAGUGCUUAAGGAUCUUGUUGCUGGAACUUUGGGGGUUGCCCAGGCGGAUGAUUUUUGGUAAGUAUCUUGGUCUACCUUCAGUGGUAGGCAGAAAUAGAAAGGCUGUUUUUGCUUAUGUUGAGCAGAAGUUGAAGCAGAGAUUUGGUUCUUGGAACAAAAGGCUUUUAUCUAAAGCUGGUAAGGAGGUACUGCUGAAAAGUGUUGCGCAGGCUAUGCCCACAUAUACAAUGAGCAUAUUUUUACUUCCUAAAACUCUUUGUGCUGCUCUUGAGAGGUUGAUGAACAGGUACUGGUGGGGUACGAAAGGAGCUGAAAGGAGUAUCCAUUGGUUAGCCUGGGACAGAAUGUGUGCCCCGAAGAAGUAUGGUGGAUUAGGCUUUAAACGCUUGCAUGAAUUUAAUGUGGCUUUGCUGGCUAAGCAAGGGUGGCGACUGUUAACGAAUCCUAAUUCUUUGUUAGCGCAGGUUUUUAAGGCCAGGUAUUAUCCUACUACUUCUUUUUAUGAAGCUGUUUUGGGUGGUAAUCCGAGCUAUGUUUGGAGAAGUAUAAUGGCUAGUCAGGAGUUGGUAAGGUCUGGGUGCAGGCGGAGGAUUGGGGAUGGAAGGACUACUAAAGCCUGGUCACAUCCUUGGCUACCUGAUGCGCAUGACCCCUAUGUGGGUUUGACCCACCAAAGUGUCAAUCAUGACUUGCUGGUUGCGGAUUUGAUUGAUAAUGACGCUAACAAGUGGAAUGAGGGUUUAAUAAAUCAGCUUUUUGCUUCUCGUGAUGUGGAAUUGAUUAAACGGCUGCCAAUUAAUGCGGACUUUGAGGACAUGUGGUUUUGGGAACGGGAUUUAAGGGGUUGCUAUUCAGUGAAAGAUGGGUAUAGAAGGCUGGUUGAACAAGAUACCCCAACCACGGAGGUUUGGGGCUUUCUAUGGAGGUUACAAGUACCGCCUAAGUGGAAAAUCUUCCUGUGGAGAGCCUUAUUGAAUAUUCUGCCUACGUUGGAUAAUUUGAUUGUGCGCAGGGUGGAUCUUAUUAAUGUAUGCCCAUCGUGUGGAUUGGAAGGGGAAAAUGUUAUGCAUGCUUUAUGUUCCUGUUUUUUUGCAUCACAUGUUUGGUCAUUGUCUCAAUUGCCUGUUCCAUCUUUUAUCGGCAGGAGUUUUAAUCAAUGGGUGGAAGGAUGGCUUGCUGAACCGGCAAACACUCCAGACACCAAAGGGAGGAUUUGUGGUUUACUAUAUGACAUAUGGACUACCAGGAAUGCAGCAGUAUGGGAGGGUUUUUUGCCAUACCCGAGAACACUUUUAUGUGGUAGUGCAGUUAGGUGGGAGGCGUGGAAGGUAAAUUGUCACCAUCAUGUCCGGAACCCGCCAGUACAGUCAGUACAACCGGAACCGGAUCCCUAUUCAUCAUCUGGUGUAAUCUGUUUUGUAGAUGCAGGUUUUCAUGGUCCACAGCAUGCACCCUCGUAUGGAUUCAUUAUAUAUGAUGCGGAUGGAUCUUUUAUGACAGCGGCGAAUGGCCCGUUAUCUUGUGCGUAUGAUCCUGUCUUGGCAGAGGCAUUGGCAAUGUGUGAAGCUUUAUCAUGGGUGAAAGACAAUGGUUAUACUGCAGUCACUUUAUGCUCAGAUAGUUUGGUUUUAGUUUCCAAUUUAAGACAAGCUAGUUCUUUUCGUUCUUAUCUUGGUUUUGUAUUGCUAUCUUGUAAUCGUUUGCUUACUUUCAUGACGAACCCUGUGGUGAAACAUGUUAGCAGGGAUGCAAAUCGGGCAGCUCAUGCUCUAGCUAAGCAUGUAAGCGCAACUUUGGCGCGUUCUGUUUGGAGGGAUGAUCCUCCUCCCUUUCUGUUGCCUAGUAUGGCUAAUAUAAUCUGA